AUGGGGGCCAAAGGGCUUGAAUUGAUAUUAUGGCUCAUCUAUCUGACGCUGAUAGUCGACUCACUUACUCAGAAUGUUGAUGCAUCCCACAUUGGACGAGUGUGCACAACUUGGGGAUACUAUCACUUCAAGACUUUUGAUGGAGAUCUCUUCCAAUUGAAUUCGAGUUGUAACCAUGUCCUUGCAAUGCAAUGCAAGGGGAGCUAUGAAAACUUUAAUAUCCAGAUGCGGCGGCGCUUAGUCAACAACAUCCCCACAAUCAGCAAAAUCAUCAUGAUGCUGCGAGGUUCUGAGGUGGAGCUCUCUAACAACUCAGUGCUUGUCAAUGGCAAGAUGGAAUCUCUGCCGUUCAGUAAAUCAGGAGUGAGUGUCAAGAGGACCGCAUCUAGUAUCUCUGUUGAAGCUAAUCUGGGAAUAAAGGCAAUCUGGAACCUGGACGACUCCCUUGAUAUUGAAAUACAAGAGAAAUAUCGGACUCAGACAUGUGGACUGUGUGGAAACUUUGAUGGCAUACCCAAUGAAUUCCUGAAGGAUGGAACUCCACUGUCUGUGGCGAACUAUGCUGAGACCUGGAAGAUAAAUGGCCCCACAGAGUACUGUGAGGAGACUGACGUUAACCCAGUCCUGAGCUGUGGUGAUAAGCAAUUCUGUGACCAGACCUUCUCCAGUGAUCCCUUUGGUGAUUGCCAAAACAUUCUUGACGUGGAAUCCUUUAGUAAAGCCUGUAUGGUGGACAUGUGCAACUCUAUAGACAACACUACUUUGGUCCUCUGCAAAACACUUUCAGAGUUCUCCAGACAGUGCAUCCAUGCAGGUGGCAAACCCCAACAAUGGAGGAAUGAUACAUUUUGCUACAAGAAAUGUCCAUACAACAUGGUGUUCUUGGAAUGUAGCAGUUCAUGUCCUGACAGCUGUUCCACCCCUCAGGCCAGCCAGACAUGUGACAGCCACUGUCAUGAUGGCUGCAGCUGCCCUGCUGGAAUGGUCUUUGAUGACAUUGGCAACAGUGGGUGUAUUGCAGUCUCUCAAUGUCCAUGUCUGCACAAGAACAAAAUCUACAAGCCAGGAGAGUCCUACUCCCACCCCUGUAGAUCCUGUGUAUGUGAAAGCGGUCAGUGGAGUUGUACAGAGAUGAACUGUCCAGGAAUCUGUUCUGUCAAAGGAGGAGCUCAUAUUAACACCUUUGAUGGAAAAGCCUACACAUUUCAUGGCGAUUGUUCCUAUGUUCUAGCUAAGGACAGUAAUGGUUUGUCCUACACUGUGCUGGUGGAUCUGGUCAAGUGUGGACUAAGGGACACAAAGACUUGCCUCAGAACUGUAACUUUGGCCUUACGCAGCCAUUCUGUGGUUGUUAAAGUUCAGGCAUCUGGGCAGGUCUAUGUGAACCAGAUUCAUUCUCAGCUUCCACUGUUUACAGCUGAUCUGAGAGUCUUUAAGCCAUCUUCCUUCUACAUCCUUAUAAACACCACAGUGGGCAUACAACUGAUGAUUCAGCUGUCUCCCAUAAUGCAGGUGUUCAUUUCAGCUGACAAGUCACUCACAGGAACCACCUCUGGCUUGUGUGGAAACUUCAAUGACAUAAUGAGUGACGACUUUAGAGUGACCAAUGGGCUGGUGGAAGGCACUGCUGCUGCAUUUGCCAAUGCAUGGAAAACCAGAGCCAGCUGCCCAGACAUUAUAUCACAUUUUGGAGACCCUUGUAAUGACAACAUCCUCACAGAGAAAUAUGCCAAUUACUGGUGCUCCAAAUUAACUGAUCCCGAGGGAGUGUUUGCUCCCUGCCACGCUGUCGUUAGCCCCAGCACAUAUAAAGAUAACUGUAUGUAUGACACCUGUAACUGUGAAAAAAGUGAGGACUGCAUGUGUGCUGCAGUUUCCUCAUAUGUCUAUGCCUGCUCAGCAGCAGGAGUCCACAUCAGUGGCUGGAGGAAAACCAUCUGUGAGACAUUCAGUACAUCAUGUGCAGCAGAAACUGUGUAUAAUUACAACAUGACCAGCUGUGGGCGUACCUGCCGUUCCCUUGGCCAGACUGACUACUCUUGUCAGGUCAACUUCACCACAGUGGAUGGCUGUGGCUGUUCUGAAGGAACUUACAUGAAUGAGGAAGGCCAGUGUGUAGCCCGUGAAAGCUGUACCUGCUAUGCUGAAGGCAUUAUUGUUCCUCGUGGACAGAGUAUCAGUAAAGAUGGCAUCACAUGUUUUUGCAGAGAAGGUGUUCUCAGCUGUUCUGGAGGGACACAACUACUAAGUUCACCACAAUGCGAAUGCCCCAUGGUGUACUUUGACUGCUCCACUGCUCACCCUGGGGCUACUGGCACUGAAUGUCAAAAGAGCUGCAGCACCGCUGACAUGGCUUGUAUCCACACAGGCUGUACAUCAGGCUGCAUAUGCCCAGAUGGUCUGUUGUCAGAUGGAGUAGGAGGCUGUGUCAAUGAGACCAGCUGUCCAUGUGUACACAAUGGACAAGUCUACCAGCCUGGAGAGACACUGACAGUGGAUUGCAAUACCUGUACCUGCAGUGGGAGGAAGUUCACAUGUACCAGCAAUGCAUGUGAUGCUGUUUGUGGAAUCUAUGGGGACGGUCACUACAUCACCUUUGAUGAUAAGAGGUUCGACUUCAGUGGAGAGUGUGAAUACACACUUCUGCAAGACUUCUGUGGCACAUGUAACGGGAAUGGAAGCUUCAGAAUUAUUACUGAAAAUGUUCCAUGUGGAACCACAGGAACCACCUGCUCUAAGACCAUCAAGAUCUUCUUGGGGGAUAAUGAAUUCCAGCUUAAAGAUGACAACUUACAAGUGGUAAAGGGCACUAUCCAGGUGCUUCAGGUACAAAAAAUGGGCAUUUACAUAGUGGUGACAAUCAAGCCUGGGCUUGUUCUCAUGUGGGACCAGAAGACCAGUCUUUUCAUUACAAUCAGUCCACAGUUCCAGGGUCAGGUCUGUGGUCUGUGUGGAAACUACGAUGGUAACAGUAAGAAUGACUUCACCACACGCUCCCUGGAAAUAGUAGCAGAUGUUCUACAAUUUGGUAACAGCUGGAAAGUUUCAUCUAGUUGCCCCAGUGCAGAGCUAAUCAGUGAUCCCUGUGCCUCGAAUCGCUACCGGGCAGCCUGGUCUCAAAAACAGUGCAGUAUCAUCAUGAGUGUCACAUUCAAGAGCUGUCAUUCAAAGGUUGACCCUGGUCCAUAUUUUGAUUCCUGUGUGAGAGACUCCUGUGCUUGUGACACUGGUGGGGACUGCGAAUGUCUCUGUACUGCUGUGGCUGCGUAUGCCAAAGCCUGUAAUAAAGUUGGGUCCUGCAUUGCAUGGAGGACUCCAAGGUUUUGUCCUAUUUUCUGUGACUACUAUAAUUCACCUGGUGAAUGUGAGUGGCACUACAAGCCUUGUGGAGCUAACUGCUUGAAAACAUGUAACAAUCCAUCUGGAAACUGCUCCUCACUCAUCACCAACCUGGAAGGGUGCUAUCCACAGUGUUCCCAAACGGAACCCUUCUUUGAUGAAGACAAAAUGAAGUGCGUUGCCCACUGUGAAUCCACCACAACUGAAGGAACAACAACAACACCUAUACAAACAACAACUGUUAAAUCCACAACACCGACGAUUAUGACAACAAAACCAACCACAGUGGUUACAUCGGGACCAACAACAUCCUCUACCACACCUGUUGUUACAACCACGUCCACAGUUUCAACUACUAAAACAACAAUUCAAGGAUCCACCACGGUUACAUCAAAACCAUCUGUGAGUACUGAAAUUACAUCUGGGACUGUCACUACUACUAAAGGAACAACAACAACACCUAUACAAACAACAACUGUUAAAUCCACAACACCGAUGAUUAUGACAACAAAACCAACCACAGUGGUUACAUCGGGACAAACAACAUCCUCUACCACACCUGUUGUUGAAACCACGACCACAGUUUCAACUACUAAAACAACAAUUCAAGGAUCCACCACGGUUACAUCAAAACCAUCUGUGAGUACUGAAAUUACAUCUGGGACUGUCACUACUACUAAAGGAACAACAACAACACCUAUACAAACAACAACUGUUAAAUCCACAACACCGAUGAUUAUGACAACAAAACCAACCACAGUGGUUACAUCGGGACAAACAACAUCCUCUACCACACCUGUUGUUGAAACCACGACCACAGUUUCAACUACUAAAACAACAAUUCAAGGAUCCACCACGGUUACAUCAAAACCAUCUGUGAGUACUGAAAUUACAUCUGGGACUGUCACUACUACUAAAGGAACAACAACAACACCUAUACAAACAACAACUGUUAAAUCCACAACACCGAUGAUUAUGACAACAAAACCAACCACAGUGGUUACAUCGGGACCAACAACAUCCUCUACCACACCUGUUGUUGAAACCACGACCGCAGUUUCAACUACUAAAACAACAAUUCAAGGAUCCACCACGGUUACAUCAAAACCAUCUGUGAGUACUGAAAUUACAUCUGGGACUGUCACUACUACUAAAGGAACAACAACAACACCUAUACAAACAACAACUGUUGAAUCCACAACACCGACGAUUAUGACAACAAAACCAACCACAGUGGUUACAUCGGGACAAACAACAUCCUCUACCACACCUGUUGUUAAAACCACGACCACAGUUUCAACUACUAAAACAACAAUUCAAGGAUCCACCACGGUUACAUCAAAACCAUCUGUGAUGGUUACAUCGGGACAAACAACAUCCUCUACCACACCUGUUGUUAAAACCACGACCACAGUUUCAACUACUAAAACAACAGCUCAAGGAUCCACCACGGUUACAUCAAAACCAUCUGUGAGUACUGAAAUUACAUCUGGGACUGUCACUACUACUAAAGGAACAACAACAACACCUAUACAAACAACAACUGUUAAAUCCACAAUACCGACGAUUAUGACAACAAAACCAACCACAGUGGUUACAUCGGGACCAACAACAUCCUCUACCACACCUGUUGUUGAAACCACGACCACAGUUUCAACUACUGGAACAACAGUUCAAGAAUCCACCACGGUUACAUCAACACCAUCUGUGAGGACUGAAGUUACAUCUGGGACUGUCACUACUACCGGAUCAACAACAACACCUAUACAAACAGCAACUGUUGAAUCCACAACACCGACGAUUAUGACAACAAAACAAACCACAGUGGCUACAUCGGGACCAACAACAUCCUCUACCACACCUGUUGUUAAAACCACGACCACAGUUUCAACUACUGAAACAACAGUUCAAGAAUCCACCACGGUUACAUCAAAACCAUCUGUGAGUACUGAAGUUACAUCUGGGACUGUCACUACUACUAAAGGAACAAAAGCAACACCUAUACAAACAACAACUGUUGAAUCCACAACACCGAUGAUUAUGACAACAAAACCAACCACAGUGGUUACAUCGGGACCAACAACAUCCUCUACCACACCUGUUGUUGAAAGCACGACCACAGUUUCAACUACUGGAACAACAGUUCAAGAAUCCACCACGGUGACAUCAAAACCAUCUUUUCAGCUACUGAAACAACAGUUCAAGAAUCCACCACGGUUACAUCAAAACCAUCUGUGA